AUGAGCAGCCCGGCAGCUGCUCGUAUGCAAGCAUAUCAAGCUAACCAUGACCAGGUGAGUGGCUGGGUCGACAUUCUCACGUUUGAAACGAUGGUGGAGGUCGAAGUAUGUGGCAUCCACCUGGGCGUGUUCCACGGCAUCGCCAGCCAGACCCUACAGAUAGACCUAGCCUUGCAACUUGUGGUCGGGAACCUGAAGCUGGAAAUGAACGCGUUCGACGACAUCUGGGUCCACAUCGAUAACUUGCCGGGGGAGAAGGGCAAGGCCGUGGAGGCCUUGAACUGCAAGCGAUCCGUUUUGGCGCAGCAUCUGCAGGAGCUUCCAUGUGAGCCAUGGGUGCCCGUCAGAUAG